GCCUAGACUGUACGUCUCUCCCUUCGUCUCCGACCCCGUACAAGUUGCAGGUGUAGAUUCCGAUCACCCCGCAACCGCUUCGGACGAGCUAUUUCAGAUUCCGUCGAGAGCGGAAGCCCGAGCCACUCGACGACACCGUUUUUUCAUUCUUCGCGCGAAGUGAUAGAAUCCUUGGUUGGCUAUUGUUGAAUAUCUAUGAUGAGCGUCGUUGAAGAUUUUUACGGAGAUUUCGAGAAAAAUUGGUGACUUUCGUUUGAUUACUUUCAAUUUUUUUUACAAAUCUUUUCUGGAUUUUAAUGGAGCAAAGCGAGGCAUCUGAUUUUCCGGCGAAGAGGCAAUUGGAUUUCACGGCGAUGUGUCGAGCUUCGGCAAAUGUGAUCUUGCCGGAGCACCCGCAGUUACCGCUACAGACACAGCCACAACGAUCACAAUCACAGUCGCAGUGGCAGUUACAAUCACAGUCACCGCCGCAGCUGUUGCCGCCACAGCCGCGGCCGCAACUAGUGCCGGUGUUACCGCGGAUAACGAAUCCCUCCCGGCCAACAUUGCAAGCGGUCAAGCAAGAGUCACCAAGAUCACUACCACGAUCCAACAGUGAAGUGAAAGAUGGAACUCCAAAGAAGAAAAAGCAUUGUAAUUGCAAAAAUUCUCGAUGUUUGAAAUUGUACUGUGAGUGCUUUGCGUCGGGAGUUUAUUGCAAUAAUUGCCACUGUUCAAACUGUCAAAAUAAUGUGGUGAAUGACGCUGCUAGGAAGGAGGCAGUUGGUUCAACCUUAGACCGUAAUCCAAAUGCAUUCAGACCAAAGAUUGCUAAUAGUCCACAUGGAUCUCAUGAUGGUGGGGAAGAGGCUGGGAAAGUCCCAUUGGUGGGAAAGCACAAUAAAGGAUGCCACUGCAAGAAAUCAGGUUGCCUCAAGAAGUACUGUGAGUGCUUUCAAGCAAACAUUCUGUGCUCUGAGAACUGUAAAUGUAUGGAUUGUAAGAACUUUGAGGGGAGUGAAGAGAGAAGGGCUCUUUUCCAUGACAAUGGAAACUACAUGGCCUACAUCCAACAGGCAGCCAAUGCUGCCAUUAGUGGGGCCAUUGGAUCCUCUGGCUAUGGGAUAGCUGUGGCAUCCAAGAAGAGAAAACAACAGGAGGUCUCCUUUUGUACAACAGCCAACAAUCAAUCGAAUCAUAGGAAUACUCAAUUUCAACAGGAUAAUCAUCUAAGAGCUUCUGCUGUCUCUCCUUCGCCCUCCAUUUCUGUUACUCACACAAAUAAUGCAGCAGUAUUGGGUUCUUCAAAAUUCACAUACAGGUCUCCAUUAGCAGACAUCUUACAACCGCAAGAUGUGAAGGAUCUUUGCUCUCUUUUGGUCGUAGUUUCACAGGAAGCUGGAAAAACACUCACAGAAGCGGAGAGGGAUCACAUUGAAACUUCUAUUAUUUCUUCAACUCAAGAGAGGGAACAUCUUCAGACAGAUGAUGUUCAGAAACCAUUGCCUGAUGCUUGUUUGAGCGAAAACCAAGUGGAAAGGGUUCAAACAGAUGAAUUAGACCAAGCUGAUGUACAAAAUGGGAGACUCAUGUCUCCUGGAACUCUUGCGUUGAUGUGUGAUGAGCAAGAUUCAAUCUUCAUGGCUCGUGGGUCUCCAGAUGGGGUUGUUGGCAGUAGUCAAAUCCCAACAGUGAAGUCAUCUCAUGGGCAAGCCUGCACUGAGGUUUAUGUAGAGCAGGAAAGACUUGUGUUGACAAAGUUCUGGGAUUUCCUUAACAGGCUCAUCACUUGUGGGAGCAUAAAAGAAACUAUGUGUUCUCCAUUAGCCAAAAGCGAGACAGGAAACCAGCAAGAACCCUUGGAGGAUGACGCCACAAAAGUUAGAACUGGAAAGGGGAAUCACAAGGAGCCCAACGGCAAUAGCAUUGUAAAACCUUCUUUCGCAGCCACAACUCAAAUGUCUCAGACAAUCGCUGCGGCCAAAGGCAAUGGCAUUGCAAAACAAAAACCUCCUUUCCCAGCCACGACUCGCAUAUCUCAGACAAACCCUGCAGUCCAUGGCAAUGGCACUGCAAAACCCCCUCCAUCCACAAAUCAAAUGUCUUAAGACAACCAAUACAGUCACCUCUGGACCUAGCCCCGGUUCGCAUCCAAUUGUGGUGUCACCCACUGAUGAGGAAUUGUAAUGAGACAAAAAGGAAAAUAGUUCAAAUCAUAUAGCUAUCUCUGUAGUCUUCUUCAGUCAUGAGUUCUAGCUGUUCAUGACACAAUUAUAAGAGGUCCCUGGGUCCUAUUUUUAGAAGUUCAAAUUGUUUUUUGGUUUCAACAA